CCAGCAGAAAGGGAGGCACAACAGAGGAAGAGCAGAGAAAGGAUCAAAUUUCAGGUCCUGCUGUAGCCACUAAGAAAGGCUCACCAUGUUCCAGGAGACACAUGGCAACAUCCUGAGGUUUGUGCUCUUUGCAGUGUGUGGCUGGAAGGCAGCUUCUGCUUUUCCCAAUGCCUCACCCCUGCUCAACCCCGACUGGGGAAACACAGAUAGCCUGCUGCACUUGUACACCUCCACAGCAAGAAAUAGUUUCCACCUGCAAAUUAACUCCAAUGGACAUGUGGAUGGAAGCCCUUAUCAAACCGUUUACAGUGCCUUAAUGAUCAAGUCUGAAGGUGCUGGUUAUGUGGUGAUAAACGGUGUGAAGAGUGGACGCUACCUUUGCAUGGAUAUGAAUGGGAAUAUAUUUGGAUCACAUCACUUCAGUUAUGACGACUGCACAUUCAGACACUGGACCCUUGAAAAUGGCUAUGAUGUUUACCAAUCUCCCAAAUACAACUAUCUUGUUAGCCUUGGAAAAGCUAAACAACCGCUGUUUCCCAGUAUGAAUCCCCCACCUUACUCCCAGUUCUUGGCCAGAAGGAAUGAAAUCCCUUUAUUUCAAUUCAACACACCCAAACCUCGCAGGCAUACCAGAGAUGUUAAUGCUGAUCCCUGCGGUAGUAUCAUAUCAUCAGGAAGUGUCUCUAAAGAACACCUUAAUUCUCAACUGUACAUAUAUCGUAGUUUGGGAAGUUCCAACACAGAAGACAGAGACCCAAACAGUGUGAUUCUCCAUGGAAGAUUUCCAAGUCCUAGGACAAAUAAGUGAACCUGAACCAAAAUUCUAAAAACCAUGUGGUUUCUGACCUAGCCAGGACAUAACCUGAACCUUAAGACAUAACCGUAAACCUAAAGUGUAAUAGAACUUAAAAUAAUUUUUACAGUUCAGAACCAGGGGUUAACAAAAAAUAUUUAUUUUAAAACUGUGUACACUCAACCAGAAAGAACGAUGAGCACAUUUGAUCAGCUAUAUGUAAGGAUUUCAUAUAUUGUCAUCUACCCAAGCAUUCAGUCGUGGGCCUAUUUUAAAAUUCUAAUUCAUAGGAACCUGCUGGGAGACAGUAGAAGUCUAUGUCGUGGAGAGUGCUUUUCCCAUGUUACAAUACUCACUGCCUCUCUGGCUGGUAAAGUUGAUGGAAAUUUCUCUUUUUAAUUUUUGAUUUCACUGUGCCUCCAGUCUAACAAAGUGCUCUCGGAACUCUUCAAAAUCAGAUAAAAUCCAACAGGCUAGCUGUUUGGGAAAAGGAGAGUGGAGAUCUAAGUCAGUCUCCUCUUCCUUCAGUAAUGAACUGGCAUGGCAAGUGUGGUUUUUGAAGAGUAGCUACGUGCAUAGACCCUUGGUAUCUGGACUGGGCUAAAGAAUCCAAUUCCCAGCACCUGUUUGCACAUAUAGUUCUGCAUCUAGCUAGGGGUGCUAUAUGGCUGCUGCUGGAUCAGAACAUUGUUUCUUAAAUGAGUUCCAUUUCAAUUAGACAGCAUGCUCCCAACAUUGGAGGGGGGGGCAUUACCAUCUCUCAGUGCCUACCUGAGAACGUGAGUUCCAGAAAGUAGAAAGACUGAAUUUGGCGGCAUAGAUAUGUAUUAUGUAUUAACAUGGGAAUGACCUAGUAUUCGUUUAAGUUUUAUGUGCUUCAUAAACAAUUACAUUUUUCAUUAUCAAAUAGUAAUCCAUUCUCCUUUUACUCUAAGUAUUUUGAAAUGGCAAGUGGAAAAACAAGUCUAGAAUAUAAUAGGAGUCUUGAGAGGUUUCUCUAGCCUGUGUUAGUAACAGGGUCAUUCACUUUGGCUUUUUCUUGCACUGAAAUUUUGAACAGGUUAGAUUUCAUUAGGAGAGAGCAUCAGCUGAUGAGAAAAUGUACUUUUCUUAGGACUGGAGUGUUGUUCACUUCAAUCAUCUUUUAUGUGAUGGGGAGGGGAUUAGAGAUAUGCAGAGAAAUGCUAUGCAUAUUUACUUAGAAAUCAGUUCCACUGCGUUCAAUGGAGGUUACUGCCUGUUAAGUGUAUGUAAAAGGCUCAGUUUUAUGGAUAGAUUUUAGUUUCCCUCAACGGAACUAGUUUCUAAGUAAAAUGUGGGGGAGAGUAUAGUGUCAAUUAAAUAAAUUACAAGGUUUUCUUUCUCACUACUGCUAUCAGGUUUUAUGACAGAAUUGUUGAUAUAUCCCUGUCAUGAACUCAUAUUUCAUCCAAUAAUAAGUUUACAGGUUCCUUCAACUGCUAGAAAACCCACCCAAGACACCUCUGAAAGAGGUCCAAUGAGAAUGAUAUGUGUUCAGUAGCCAUGGAACGCUGAUGUUUUGUGGGAACUUAAAAAUGGCUUUACUACUCAAUUGUUCAAAAGGGGGCACUCAGCGGUGGCAGCUAACAGGAAUGUGGUUUAAUGUAUUUUAUUAAAUUUUGUAUUUAUUUAUUUAUUUCAAUUAUGUACACAUUUCAGAAGUAUUUAUGGCUAUUUAUAAUAAUUAUGUAUCUUUCUCCCCUUCCCAUGACUUUUCACAACAAAGACAAAAAUAAACUUUUUAUUUUUCUCAGGAAUUUUUUUUACUGUGAUUCAAAUCUUUAUCCAACACACAAGAAAAUACAAUAUUUGAAAGUAGCCAUUUAUUGUCUAAGUCUUAGACAGACUUUUUCUUCCUCAAGAGGGGAGAUACCACAGCCUCUCUCAAAGAGUUGGAAUGACGCCCUCUCUCAGUGAAGCAUUAUUCACCUCUGCCAAUACUCAACCAGUGCCUUUUUCUGACCAACAGAAAUACCAUGUAUUAUUGCCUUGUUUCCAUGAUCUCAGGUUGAACAUCACCCAUGAUCUAAUGUUGCGCAAAUGGAAAUACCUCUAGAAAUAUCCACUCCAAACCCCAUUCUAGAAGACUUCCAGUCAAAACACAUACAACAUACAUGUUUUCAGUGGUACAAGUUGAAGAAGUAUCUGAAAUUAAAAAAGGAAACAAACUAUUUUCUGUCCUAAAAGUAGCUUCUUGCCCACAACACAAGUUACACAUAAGGACAAUCAAGUGCUGAGGCAUACCCAUUUCUUUCAGAACAACCCAUAGUUUCUCAUGAUCAAGAGAAACAGUCAAGAGCUUUGCUGUAGUCAAUGAAACAUAGACUUAUCUUUUUCUAAAACUCUUUGGUGCACCCCAGUAGCAGGUGGAUAUUUUCAAUAUGAUCUCAAGUGCCUCUUCCUUUUUUAAAUCCAGCUUGAACAUAUCUAGCAGGAGUAGCAUGCUCCCCUUAAUGCCUGUGGCCUCUGUACAGUGAACAUAUCUAUCAUCUCAAUCUUUGCUCGUAAAUGAAAAGCUAACUAAACUUGGGUUUAGUCUAAAUACUUGGUUAACAUUUUCUUCAAUCACCAGAGUUCUCUGCCAGAUGAGAUCUGCUAGAACUGUGAAUAGCAGUGACAUUUUCUGACCUUGGAUUUAAUUUCUAUCUGUGGAUUUCUAAAGCAUCAGACGUCUGGGAUUUAGGCCACUUUGCCAUGUCAGCACCUCCACUAGUAUACGGUUUUGCCUCACUGGACUGAAACCUCGUUUUGGUUCUGAUCCAAAACAGAGCCUCAUUUUGGGAAAACCAGCACUCUUCAUGUCUCCCAUUAACUGCAAUGGGAAUAUGAACGAAUGAGUAAAAUCUUUUCAAUGAUAAUUUGAACUGGAUGAAAUUUACUAGCAUGGUUACCCAUUUUGAGGGGAUGAAGGUUAACCAAUUUGCAGAACAGGCAAAAACCUCUGUACAAGGUACAUUUAAAGUUUCCACUUGUUUUUGCUUCUAAAGGAUCUCUUAUUUUCUCUGUGGGUCUUAGAAUAAUUUGUAUAAACACAACACACACUGUAUAUGGACAUGCAGCAACAUUUCAAAGGACUAGUUUAGAUAUUAGGGAGCUUUGUAGAAUAUGAGCAUUUUUGAGUGGAAGUAGUAUUAAAAGGAGCACCUCUGCUGCUGAUUCUUUUGUAUGUUCCUCUCCAAACCACUGUUGUUGUUUUUUAAUCUUUUAAGUCGUGUCCGACUCUUCGUGACCCCAUGGACCAGAGCACGCCAGGCCCUCCUGUCUUCCACUGCCUCCAAACCACUGUAAUUGGAGGUAAAAACUGGAGAGCCUUGAUAAAGUCAUUUCAUCGUUGGAAGCAGAGCUGUCAAUCACAAAGCUACAAUUCUGUAGAAUGAACAAUUUUAUUUUAAAAAUGCUCAUUUCAUUAAAUAAAUACAAUUAUGUCAUUGUGUAUACAUACUUAUGGACACAAAAAAUGGAGUGAAAAUCAUAAAUACACACACAGCGCAGGUCCAAAAGAAUUUGGACUCUGGACAUUUAGCAAGUCCUCUAAAUGUGAUUGAAAUCAGAACAAAUGUUUGUAUUUGCACAGAGUCUUCAGAGAAAAACUUUGUUCUUGGUACAUUCAGAUUCAAAUUAUGUCAU